AGCGGCGUUAGCAUCUUAGCAGAGUAGCUCCAGCAGCUGUUGGUGGCGGUCAGCCUGUCAUUUAGCCAGUCUAAGAGUAAUCGGCCGGCCAGUGCGAGCGGCGGUGCAUUUCUACACCUCCUCCCUCGCAUUUGGAAACCCCGUUUACGACUGGAGUGGUUGUUUUCAGGCAGCCGUCCCAUCAUCAUCCCCUUUUCGGGCCAAACCAGCGCUGUGACAUCCGUCGUCUUAGCCGUCUCAACGGGAAUAAAACUGCGGGACAUGGCCAGACCAGAACAAGUCCUGGUGCUGGAGCCGCAACACGAACUGAAAUUCCGAGGCCCAUUUACAGAUGUUGUCACUGCCACUCUGAAGCUCACCAACCCCACAGAUAGAAAUGUGUGUUUCAAAGUCAAGACAACUGCACCUCGCAGAUACUGUGUGCGCCCAAACAGUGGCGUUAUCGAUUCUGGGACUUCCAUCAAUGUCUCUGUAAUGUUACAGCCUUUUGACUACGACCCCAAUGAGAAGAGCAAACACAAAUUCAUGGUGCAGUCCGUGUUGGCUCCUUUCGACAUGACUGACAUGGAGGGAGUUUGGAAGGAGGCAAAGCCCGACGAGCUAAUGGAUUCAAAGUUGAGAUGUGCGUUUGAGAUGCCACUAGAAAAUGACAAAACUCAUGAGAGUGAAAGCAACAAAACUGUGCUUAAUACUUCUGUUAAGGCUGAGCACUCUGCACUGCCCAAGUCAGCCAGUGCCUCGCUGGAUGACGGCGAGGUGAAGAAGAUCAUGGAGGAGUGCAAGCGGCUGCAGAUGGAGGUGCAGAGGCUACAGGAAGAGAACAAACAGAUCAGGGAGGAUGAUGGUUUGCGAAAGAGAAAGGUGACAUCAGUGGCUUCUCCUCACUCCUCUAACACCAUGGCGAUGACGGCCAUGAAGGACGAAGGCCUGAGCACCCGUGUCCUGGCGUUCUGCUUGCUCUUCUUCGUGAUCGGAGCCAUCAUUGGCAAGCUGGUCCUGUAGAGACACAGAAGGACAGAGCACAGUGACGCGACAGAUGGACGGAUGGACGGCGUGCUCAGGAAGACACGUGUCUAUGAUGGCAACAAGGAUGUCUUCUGGGUUGUUUGAUCUAUUUCCUGGUUUUCUUUAACAUGUAAGGCAAUAUGUCACGAUGGUCUGUUUGGAUGGCAAAUAUUUGGAAGUGUAGAAAGAAAACAAAGGAAUGCAAUCCCAAGUUAAAGAGUUUAAGCAUUUUUGUCACAAGUCUAUUUUGUUUUUUCUUUUUGUGAAAUAAUCACCACCUUUGAUCUGUUCUUUCCGUCCAUCUCUCUCUCCGAAAUGAUCUUCCCCCCCAACUUGCACAGGUAACGAUUAGUGGUGUGUGGAUGUGGCUUCACGCUGACUGAAUGUUCAGUCUUUCAUUGAUUCUCAAGUUUUAAAGUUCCUCACACAUGUUGUAUUUAAAUUCUAAUAAUCUCUCCCAGUCAUUGCUGAUUAUCUCCAACAAGAGGCGAACACAAGUGAUCAGUGAAAGACUUCUUUUUCUAAACUUUAUGUAUCAUCUUCUAAACAUAUACUGUGUAUUAGCCCAGAGAGAAGCGGUGUGUGUGUCUGGUUGACUUUGCUUCCUGCAGGAGCCCUGACAUGACUGCGUGUGGACGUUUUUAUGUGAGGAGACCACAAGCGGUGAAAUCACAGGCUGUUUUAGAACGAGGAAAAAGGGGCUGGCUUCAUUCAGAAAAAACAAAAAAACCAAAAAAAAAAACGCUGUCAUCCGAACAGACUUCCUGUAUGCAACAUAAAAAAGAUGGGGGUGUUUGUUGAAAAUCAAAAUUAAAGCUUUCGAUGGUUUCGGUCACUGUCCUGGCAAAGAAAUCUGUUAAUUCGUUUAAUCCAUUUUGGGCCAUUAAUAAAUGUAUGACUCAGUAAAAUCAAGACUAAGAUAUUGACUUUCUGCUGCUUCGUGAUCUGUUUAAAUGACAAAGUUGUAAUUUAGUUCAGAGCUUCCAUUUCCAGAAGUUUAUAAUCUGAGGUUCAGAGAGUUGGGUUAGGCUAAAAACUUUUAAAUCCAUGGUCAUUUCAUACAAACCAACUCCUACUUUUUCUUCUUUUUUUUAUCAAGAAUAUGUACAGAAAGUUUUGGGCACCUUGUUUUAUUUUUACGCAUAGAGGAUUGAAUUCGAGUCCUCUGAUGUAUCACACGUGUUUGCUUUAUUACGUGUAAUAUCACAUAACCACAAUGCUUCUGUUUAUAAUGUUUAAAUGCACUAUGCUCACAUACUGCAGCCUGCAUGAAAUGGCCUGGAUUUAUUAUGAUUAUUGUUUUAUUUGAAUGUUUGAGAUUAUAUAAUCCAAAAAAAAAAAAAAAGCUGUCAUUUCAGAAGGGACCAUCUUAAGUCUGGUUUAUACUUUUUUGUGUUUAUUUCCGUUUGGUCAUCUUUAUUCUAUUUGUUUCUUGUUGAGCUCUGGACUUUUACAAGAUAACACAGCUGUAUUAUCUUUGCUGUUGGCUGACCAUCUCUGCAAACAUGGUUAUUUAAAAAAGAAAGACAAAUUAAAUCUGAAUUUUUCAUUGCCUGAGGGAGCUCGGAGAGCAAGGACGUGUGGAUGUGGGCUACGAAGACUGAUCUGUGAAUACACACUACAUUCAAGAAAACAGUCAUCGGCGCUUUAAACCACCUGCGCAGAUAGUCUCAACAGUAUAAUCACAGUCAUUGGAUACUCUUUUGUAUGUACAUAAAAUACUCAAUGAUAACUGACAGUUAUUAACAUGAUAUAAUAAAGGCAGAAAGUAAUUGAACAACCACCAUGGAUCAUGUAGCAUCAUAAUGAAUUAAAAUUCAUAAACCCCC